AUGGCUGUUCCGUUUGAUUAUGUGGUCAAACAAGUGUUGGAGCAACUAAAAGCUGUUGCUAAAGGCGAAUCUAGAACACCUAUUACAGGGAAGCCGCGGUUGAGAACAACAAUUAUUUUUGCUGCGGUCACUCUUCCAGUCGCAGAAAUCAGGACCUUCCUAAAUGGGUUGUGUGAGAAGGAUCCUAGAAUAAAAGGUUUCCUCCAGGACAAGGAUUUGCUGAGCUGCGUUACGAAAGCUCAUGUAACUCUUGCGCACAGGGGGAGCCACGGCAUUGCAGCUGUCACUAAUUAUAGUAUGUACCUCAAUCGAGAUGUACCGAUAGAUCUUACAUCCCUACUCUUUUCGGAGCAAUCUGCUGCAUUAGAGGCCUGUUUAGGGUCAGUUGAUGGUGAGAAGAUAAGUUCGAAAAAUGAAUGGCCCCACGUUACCAUAUGGACUGCACCAGGAGUAUCUCCCAAAGAAGCAAACACACUACCUCAACUGGUUUCAGAGGGCAAGGCAAUUCGCAUUAGUAUAAAUCCACCUUUCAACAUUUCUGGCACAUUAGACUUCUACUGA